UUCCCGCGGCGGCUUCUGUGACAGCCGGGUGCCCACUGCGCAUGCGCGAGAAGCGCCACGCUUUGUGAAUGGUCCGGUGUCUUCUGGGACACAUGACAGGUCCCAGAAUGCUCUGGGCCAUUCACAAAGCGCGGCACUUCUCGCGCAUGUGCACUGGACACCCGGCUGAAGGAAGGACAACUCCGCGAAAGUGGGAGCGGGUACCUGUCAAAUUCAGGUACCCGUUCCCCCUCCCUCCCCAAAGGUCCGCAGUCUCUGGUAAUCUCCUUUACUGUCUGCAGUCUCUGGUCAUCCCCUGCACUGUCUGCAGUCUCUGGUCAUUCCCUGUACUAUGUCCGCAGUCUCUGGUCAUUCCCUAUACU